AUGCCGAAGAUCUAUAAGCCAGGCAAAGUAGCUAUUGUCCUUCAAGGGCGACAGGCAGGCAAGAAGGCCGUCAUUCUUAAGCAUUUUGAUGAUGGCUCAAAGCGACGGCCAUACCCUUAUGCUGUUAUUGCUGGUAUCCAAAAGUACCCCCGCAAAGUGACCAGGAACAUGGGUCGGAAACGAUUGGAAAAGCGAAGCAAGGUUAAGCCAUUCAUCAAGAUCAUCAAUGCCGCACAUCUCUUUCCUACACGAUAUGCUCUCGAAUUGGACGGAAUAAAAUCCCUUGUGGCGCAAGACACAUUUGAUGAGCCAACGCAGCGUAAGGAGGCAAAGAAAGCUCUGGCUAAGGUGCUUGGAGAACGGUACACCGCGGGAAAGAACCGCUGGUUCUUCACUGCUCUUCGUUUCUGAUCGGUUCACUGCCAUAUCACCAUGGAUUAUGCAAUGUAUGAGACAUGCCAUGAAUUAAUCAGACUCUCAUCCACCCAUAUGGUCCUUUGGUUUCUACGAAAUGGUAUUCUCUCGUACAUUUCCAAAUAUCCACCUAAUUGUACACUGCGAGUAAAUGGGCUGGGAUGUGACUAUUGGCGAUCAACACUAUGAAAGGCAGAGCAAACAUUAACGUUGUACAGCGGAUGAUAAAAUACGUAAAGAGUUCAGUCGAUGGUAUCUCCCAGCCGCAGUUCGAACGCGCGAAACUUUGUG